CUCCCUGAUCUCUCUCUCUCUCUCUCUGCUUCUCUCUCUCUUUCUGUGUCUCUUUGUCUCACUCUAUCUCACUCUGCCAUUCCCCCACAGUGCACCACUUAAACAAAUUACUCUCUAUCUCUGCGAGUGAGCUCUGCAGGGUCAGGCGUGUCGCUGUGUGGAAGUCUCUUGGAUAUACCGCUUCAAAAUGAGAAGGGAGAGCAGGUUAAUUUGGUGGAUCUGGUGGAUUUUGGUUGUGACAGCUUUGUUCUUGCUGGGCUUCAUCAUAGGCUGGUUUGCAAAGCCCACACAUUCAAACACUGAAAAUAACAGUGCUUCCAACAAGUAUCUGAGGGAGUUUCUGGAUGAAAUGCAGCCAGACCAGAUCAGAGAGCAUCUCAGGAAAUUUACAGAACUCCCCCACCUGGCUGGUACAGAGCAGAACCUGAGAUACGCAGAGCAGAUCAAGAAAGAGUGGCUGGAGUUUGGACUGGACUCAGUGGAGAUGGUGCCCUACGAUGUCCUGUUGUCCUAUCCCAACAAAUCACAGCCGAAUUACAUCUCAAUCGUUGAUCAGCUUGGCAAUGAGGUGUUUAACACUUCCUUGGCUGAGCCAGUUCCAGAGGGUUAUGAAGAUGUGUCUAACAUUGUGCCCCCAUACAGUGCCUUCUCUGCCAAAGGACAGCCUGAGGGGGAUUUGGUGUACGUGAAUUAUGGUCGUACAGAAGACUUUCUUCAGUUACAGAGGGAGAUGAAUAUCAGUGUCACUGGGAAGAUUGUCAUUGUCAGAUAUGGGAAAAUAUUCAGAGGCAAUAAGGUGAAGAAUGCUAUGUUAGCCGGAGCAAAGGGGAUCAUUAUGUUCUCAGACCCAGCAGAUUACUGGGCUGCUGAUGUCCAGCCUUACCCUGAUGGCUGGAACCUACCCGGUGGAGGAGCUCAAAGAGGAAAUGUCCUCAACCUGAAUGGAGCAGGAGAUCCUCUCACACCAGGGUACCCCGCUAAAGAAUAUACCUACAGAUUCAGCCUUGAGGAUGGAGUAGGACUUCCCAAGAUACCUGUGCAUCCAAUUGGCUUCCAUGAUGCAGUAAACCUGCUGAAGAACAUGGGAGGACAGAUCCCACCAAACAACUGGAAAGGAGCUCUGAAUGUCUCCUACAGGACUGGUCCAGGCUUUGCAGAUGACUUCAAGAGCCAGAAGGUGCGUAUGAACAUCCACACUGACAACCAGGUAACCAGGAUCUACAACGUCAUUGGCAGGAUCAGAGGAGCUCUAGAGCCAGACAGGUAUGUGAUUCUAGGAGGGCACCGGGAUGCCUGGGUGUUUGGAGGAAUUGAUCCCAUGUCUGGUGCUGCAGUGGUCCAUGAAACUGUCAGGAGUGCUGGCAAGUUGCUCACUAAAGGUUGGAGGCCUAGGAGGACAAUAAUAUUUGCCAGCUGGGAUGCAGAGGAGUUUGGACUGCUGGGAUCUACAGAAUGGGCUGAGGAUAACGCCAAGCUGCUGCAGGAGAGAGCUGUGGCCUACAUCAAUGCUGACUCUGCCAUUGAGGGCAUGUACACACUGAGGGUUGACUGCACUCCAUCUCUACACACUUUGGUGUAUGACCUCACUAAGCAGAUAGCCAGUCCAGAAGAAGGAGAGGAGGGAGUUUCUCUGUACGAGAGUUGGCAUAAGAGAGACAACUGGACAAAUGACCGUGAUGCACCAAGGAUCAGUAAACUCGGGUCAGGCAGUGAUUUCGAGGCCUAUUUUAUCCGUCUGGGAAUUGCUGCAGGCAGAGCAAGAUACACCAAGAACAAGGCAUGUAAUAUUUGCUCCCAGCAGCCAUAAUAAAUAUGCAGGAGAGUCUUUCCCCGGUAUCUAUGAUGCAUUGUUUGACAUCCAGAACUCAGCUGACCCAAAGAAUGCCUGGGAGGAAGUGAAGCGUCAAAUCAGCAUCGCAGCAUUCACCGUUCAUGCUGCCGCCAUGACCCUAACACCACCUGCAUGAAGCACAUACAAACAGUCAGCCACGUGACUGAGCUGACUAUUGAAGAUUUUAACACCAGAAUGUGAAGAGAGGGAAUACACCACCUGCAACAUGCACAGAAAAGAACGAUCCCUGUUUUCUGAACCAGCCUGUGGGAAGAAUGAAUCUGAAGUUAGAAAACUGUUUUUUGUUAUGUUGCAACAGUAAAGGAAUAAUUUAUGUUUUUAACAUUUUCUUGUCUGUUUUCUU